AUGGACGCUGGCCAUGAGGAGACGUCCGUGUCAAGGUCUCGGUCAAGCCGGGCGCUCCAAAUUGAGCGAACCCUGUCUGCAGCGUCAAACGUUGUCGGCAAGGCCCAGGAGAACCUGUUCAGCCGCCUCGCGCGCGUGAUUGCACGACGCCCUGUGUUCACCAUUCUGCUGUGCCUCGCUGUUUUUCUGGCCUGCAUCCCGGGAAUGUUGCUGUUGGAUGGUUCAGAGAACAUGUUCGGCUUCAUCAAGAUCAUGACGAAUUUCCUGGAGACAUUUACUUUCACGACGACUGAGGAGUACAGGGACUACAUGCGUGCAACAAGUAUGUUUCCAGACACCCGAACGGUUGCCUUCAUCGCUAAGCCAUCAAAUGGACAUAGCCUGGUGUCAUUUGAUGUGCUGCGGCAGAUGCACAAGGCGGAGGUGCACAUCAAGGACACGAUGCGCUUCGAGUCCGUGGCUGGACGGCAGUUGGGUUUUGGUGACGUGUGCGAGAGGUUCACCUCCGGGUCACCAUGCCUGGCCGGAAGCGCUGUAUCAACGCUCCUCGGGGAUGCAGCGAGGCUUUCGGAGCUGGAAGGUUUGCAGAACUCCAGCCUGGCGAACGUGGCUUCCUGGAUGAUUGCCGCGAUGGGCAUGGAGCAAAGGGCCAGCUUGCCGCUUCUCAUCGCUUCGCCGCUCACCUUUCCCGGACCUGGGGCCACAGAGUUGUUGUUGAGCCAGUGGCUCUUGGCCAGUACUGCCGCCAUGUCCACCUUCACCGUGAUGAACACGGAGGAUGGCGUUCUCUUUGAGAAGCAGGCGGCAAAAGAUAUCAACAACAAUGGCUACCCUGAGAAUACAGUCGUGAGAAUCAACCAGUUCAGCUCUUCAACGAUCGCAAUGGAGAGCGUACAGAUUGGCAUGGAUAAUGUUCCGCUCAUUGCUCUCACUCUUCUUCUCAUGUCGGGAUAUGUGGUUCUCAUGUUGGGAACGGACACCCGGAUCCCGGGGAACUCCCAAGUCAAGCUUCUUUUGGGAGCAACUUGUAUUCCGGGCUUGUCCGGUUUGUCCAGCUUUGGUCUUCUGGGCUACUUCGGGCAAGGUAUGAGCGUUUUGGGGACCAUGGUUCCAUUCUUGGGUCUCGCUGUGGGCGUGGACGUCAUUUUCCUGAUGGUCUCCUCGGUGAACGCGGUGGGGCCGGAUGUGAAGGACAUGGAAGAGGUCCUGGUGAGAGCCCUGCCCCGCGGAGGCAUGGCAGCAACUACGACGACCUUGACAUCGGUGUGUGCUUUCACCAUUGCGGCUGCCACCAGCACGGACCUUCCGGGCUUCUUGUCCUUCAACAUCGGCCUUGUCAUGGUUCUUCUAUUGAAUUGGAUGGGCAUGCUGGUCAUGUUCCCGGCAAUGAUCUGUUUGAGCCAGCGCAACAUGACCGCGCGCGAGGAGCCCACGUCUGGCUUGGCCGUGCAAGCCAGAAUGGUCAUGGGCUGUGGACGGAAACUCAGGAAUGUCAUGAAUUCCAAGCUAGGUUACGCAGUAGAGAACAGCCUGCCCUUCCAAAUCUGCGGAGCCUCAGUGUGGUUGGUGCUGACGAUUCUUGCCAUUUACUUCGGGCUGCAGGUUGGCAAAGGAAUGCCAGACACCUACUUCGUGACGGACUCAUCCAAAGUGCAUGCAUACUUGGAGGAUGUUGAGAACUCAUUUGUUGGCAGCGUGCCCAUGGAGCUUGGUCUGGUCUUUGAUGCGCCAAAGGUUCUUGAUGCUUCCUACAGGAGUCGCAUGUCUGAGUUGGUUGCCACACUGAACAACAGGUCAGAUCUUGCAUUGCCAGUGAGUUGCUGGCUCCAUUCAGCGGUCAGCAUGUUGAGCAGUUCGGCAUCGAUGUGUGAGGUGGACACAGCAAUACUUACGUACUUGAAUGAUACAGUCACAGGCACGGCUAGUGCGCGGGAUGCCAGGGGCGGCAUAGCAGACCAUCUGCAAGCGGCCAGAUGUCGCGCAUUCAUUUGGCAGCCUACGGACUCGGAAAAGCGCAGCGAACAAGCGCUCAACAUCAUCAGGCAGGUGAAAGAUGGGUUUCCGGAGCUGAGGGCCAUUCCAUACCACCUGAGUUUCCCCGCCCAAACAGCCCGUUACCGCAUCAUCAAGGAGAAGACCUUUAGUACGGCUGGCUUUGCAUUCCUCGGAGUCUUCCUGGCAGUGCUGAUCACUAUGCCGGUUCACCUGGCUUUCCUGGCGGUAGGUAACGUCAUGGCCGUGACCUGCGUCUUGUUUGGAUUCAUGUGGGCCUGCAACAUCACCUGCAACGUCAUUUCAUACUGCGUGUGCGUUAUGGCCAUCGGGUUUUGUGUGGACUACAGCUGCCACAUCGUUCACUUCGCGGACCACGGCGUCGCUCCAGGAACGCCUUGGGACAAGCGCAUGCGGCAUUCCCUGGAGGCCUGCAGCUUUGACGUGCUGCAGGGAUGUUGCACGGCCUUCCUUGGGGUGGCCAUGUUGGGUUUCGGCUCUGCCCAGGCAUUCCGCAUUUUCGCCCUUCUGGCUGUCAUGAUCACUCUCGUAGGUGGCUUCUUCGCGCUUGUUGGCUUGCCAUGUUUGCUGGCGCUCAUAGCAAGAAUGCUGCGUGCUUGCAUGGGGUCGGAGAUAGUGCCUGAAGCAGUGCCCAAGGAUGAGGCAGAGCCAAAGGCACUUAAGGACGACCUCCAAGACAUUCAAAACUUUCAGGACAUGGAGCUUUCUGUGAAUGGCUUUGCCGUGUAG